CCUCGCGGCACAAUGACGCUCUGACAAAGAGAAUCAGCGCUGGUUGUGACGGUGCGGCGCGGGCCGCCAUUUCAAAGCCGAAUAAACGCGCGAGCUUUCACGGUUUAACAGUCGGAUGCUUGUUUUAUAGAACAUACCGAAUAACGCUGUAUAUUUUUUUUUAACGCUCGCUGUUUAGAAGAGCUCUCAAUCUCGUAAGAUGGAUGCUGAAACGGAGCAGGUGGAGGAGACGACAGAGGUGAUGGAGGCCACGGAGACGCCCUCGCAGGACGAGCCUUCGGCUGACAGCAAGAUCAGGGGUCGCGGAGGAAAGAUGCGCGGCAGAGGAGGCCGAAUGCCCCGUGGGUUUCGUGGCGGCCGCGGGAUGAUGAUGAUGAUGAAGGGGUUUCCACCGGGUCCCAUGCGAGGCAGAGGCCGCGACGGGUUCGCGAACGGAUUCGGACCCAUGAGGAGAGGCAUGGGUCGCACGUGGCCGUAUCCAGACAUGCGCGGCCGGCGAGGUCGAGGCGGACCGAUGGGAAUGAACCUGGGUCCGCCGCCUCCACCACCUCCGCCCAUGCACAUGAGAGGACCUCCACCACACAUGCACAGGCACGGCCCGCCUCCUCCUCCGCCCCCGCCAGGACACCCGGCCUUCCGAGGGCGGCCGCCGCACCCCAGAGGGCGGAGCAUGAUGCCGCCGGGCCCGCCCCGCUUCUUCCAUCCCCGAGGGAGCAGCAAGCGUCUGUGUUCCUCUGACGGGGCUCGUCUGCUGUGCUCUUCUGCUGCUUUCACUCUGGACUGACUCUUCUUGUCUCCUGAAGGGGUGUGACACCCUUUUGGAAGGCAGCCGGACACGCAGGAGGCAGGACGCUCCCGUCUGUCCCUCCUCUGCCCCGCCCGCCGCUGUGAAGCUCCGCCCCCCGUAACCAAGGUGAGUUUGUCUUUGUGUUCAGACCUGCAUCUCUCUGCUCUCUGGACUGAUCUGUCAAUCAAUCGCACUCUAACAGUGAGAAGAGAAACUCCUUCAGAACCAGGAGCUCAUCAGUGAACGUUAGCGCUUCCUCCAUCGUCAAGGCUUGACGCACAAAUGUCAACAAAUAUUCAUUUUAUACAUAUUUGUCACAGAAUUUAAAAAUAGUUGUUUUUAUGCAUAGUGCAUUAUAAUCCCAUUCAUAAAGUACAUUAUAAUCAGUGUUAUUGUUAGCUUCAAAAUACUAUUAUAGUUAAUAUUCUGAACCGUUUUUAGAAAUUUUAUUUUAUUUUUUUAGAUUUUAAAUGUCUACAUAGUUUUUAUGCGUAUUUAUUUGUUUUUUAUUCAUUUAUUUUAUUACUUCAACUACAUGAGAAUGACAAACAUGCCUUGGCAGCUAGCUAAUUUUCUAUGUAAUUUUUUGCUUCAUUUUUUUUUUUUUUUAGUAAAA